GCACAGUAGACGGCGCUAAUUCGCCUCAGACGCUCAAUGCAAACCCCAAGAAAGAAGAUGUAGGAAACGAAGAAGAAUUGUGUACGUAAGCAAAAGAGGCGGAGAGCAAAGACGAGGGUGAAAAAACGUUACAAGGGUCACUAAAGGAAGCAACUUGUUGCCACUGCAGACACCGUGCUUUCAAAAAGAACGAUGCCGUCGUACGAGGAGCAACUUUGUCGAGUGAGAGAAGAGACCGAUCGACAAAGACAACCCCUUAGAGCCGGAACAUCACGUGAUCAAACCCGGAAAGCAGAUGUCCAGCAGCUGAUCGGUCACCAGGAGGAGGUUCCCACUGUGGAGCGAGAGGAUGCACAGCUCCUCCAUAUUAAAGAGGAAGAAGAGGAAGCUGACAUCAGCAAGUUGCCACUGAUCAUUGUCGUCGUGAAGGACGAAGACGACCAACCACCCCACCCAAGCCGUAAAGGAGCAGCGUCAGAUGACCUUCUAGCUACACUGUCAGACAGCGACGAGACGGAAGAACCUUUAAGGCGCGACACAGACUGUCGAGAUGACGACAAACUGCUGAAUAGCUCAGAAAAGGACACAACUGUGAACGAGAAAACUUCCCAAACACACAGUAGACCAUGUGCAAGUAAAGAACAUUUCAGUUGCUCAGUUUGUGGUAAAAAAGCGACUAAAAAGUCCAACCUGGUAAAACACAUGAAAAUACACACAGGAGAAAAACACUUUUGUUGCUCAGUUUGCGGUAAAACAUUCUUUCAAAAGGAAAAUAUGAUCAAACAUAUGAGAACACACGUGGAAGAAAAACCUUUCAGUUGCUCAACUUGUGGUAAAACAUUCUCCAGAAAGGACUCGGUGAAGUCACACAUGAGAGUACACACGGGAGAAAAACCUUUCGACUGCUCAUUGUGUGAUAAAAAAUUCUCUCAUAAGGAAAGUUUGGUCGCACACACGAGAACACACACAGGAGAAAAACCCUUUCGUUGCUCAGUUUGCAGAAAGGAGUUUUCAAUGAAAUCAGAUAUGGUCAUACAUGUGAGAAUACACACAGGCGAGAAGCCCUUCAGUUGCUCAGUUUGCAAUAAAACAUUCAUUCAAAGGGCAAAUAUGAUUAAACACAUGAGAGUACAUACAGGUGACAAGCCCUUUAGUUGCUCCGUUUGUGCUAAAGCGUUUACUCAAAAGUCAGAUAUGGUUAGACACAUGAGAAUACACACGGGAGAAAAACCUUAUAGUUGUUCAAUUUGUUCUAAAAGUUUUGCUCAUCGUGAAAGUUUAGCUGUACACAUGCGUACACACGACAAAGAGACAAAAAUGGCUUGACAGCAAUUCCCUGCCGAAAUGUAAAUUCAUGCAAAUUAGACUCAUUAUGCAGUGAACACAGACCGUUUUUUCCAAAUAUUUAUUUUCCCUCACAUCGACACUAGAGGGCGGUAUUGGCUAGGAAGAAAAUAUUCCGGGUUUUUUUCCCAUGACAUUUAUUCUGUUUUUUAUGGUUGCCAAAUGAAACCCAAUACAUUUGUGUGCACCCCACGCAGAAAAGCGAGUUGUAAAAUAUACAUUUGAGUUGAAUCACUAUUGUUAAUCCAAUCUUUCAUUCAUUCUUGUAUUCUCAUUGUUGUCCCAAAUGAGAUGCACUGAUUCUUGAACAAUUAUAGCAGAAGAUGAAAGCGCAGCAAUCCCAAAGUAUUUAAAUGUUGAGUCAAUGAGAAAUACUCAAAUAUGCAGCUAUUAUUUAUGUCCACCAUAGACACUGUAGUAUCUUGUGAUGUUAAAUGUGU